GGCCCCGCGAGCUCGGAGCGGACACGCGGGGCGGGAGGAGCGCGCGCCCGGGUCGCUGGCCGCCCGCGCGGCGGGGCUGCUGGGAGAGCUGGGCUCUGUGAGAAUCCUGGGAGCUGGUGAUGUCAGACUCGCUGGGUCAUUUGAAGCGAUUGAAACACAGAGCACCAGCUCCGAGGAACUGGUCCCAAGCCCUCCGUCUCCACUUCCUCCGCCUCGUGUGUACAAACCCUGCUUCGUCUGCCAGGACAAGUCAUCGGGCUACCACUAUGGGGUCAGCGCCUGUGAGGGCUGUAAGGGGUUUUUCCGCAGAAGUAUUCAGAAGAACAUGAUUUACACUUGUCACCGAGAUAAGAACUGUGUUAUUAAUAAAGUCACCAGGAAUCGAUGCCAGUACUGUCGACUCCAGAAGUGCUUUGAAGUGGGAAUGUCCAAAGAAUCCGUCAGGAAUGACAGGAACAAGAAAAAGAAGGAGCCUUCGAAGCAGGAAUGCACAGAGAGCUACGAAAUGACAGCCGAGCUGGACGACCUCACAGAGAAGAUCCGAAAAGCUCACCAGGAAACCUUCCCCUCUCUCUGCCAGCUGGGCAAGUACACCACGAAUUCCAGUGCUGACCAUCGAGUCCGACUGGACCUGGGCCUCUGGGACAAAUUCAGUGAGCUGGCCACCAAGUGCAUUAUUAAGAUCGUGGAGUUUGCUAAACGUCUGCCAGGCUUCACCGGCUUGACCAUCGCAGACCAAAUCACCCUGCUGAAGGCCGCCUGCCUGGACAUCCUGAUCCUUAGAAUCUGCACCAGGUAUACCCCGGAGCAGGACACCAUGACGUUCUCAGAUGGCCUGACCCUGAACCGAACCCAGAUGCACAAUGCCGGGUUCGGCCCCCUGACCGACCUUGUGUUCACCUUCGCCAGCCAGCUCCUGCCCUUGGAGAUGGAUGACACAGAGACGGGCCUUCUCAGCGCCAUCUGCUUGAUCUGUGGAGACCGCCAGGACCUUGAAGAACCAACAAAAGUAGAUAAACUACAAGAACCACUGCUGGAAGCACUGAAAAUUUAUAUCAGAAGGAGACGACCCAGCAAGCCUCACAUGUUCAAAGAUCUUAAUGAAAUUACAGAUCUCCGCAGCAUCAGUGCUAAAGGUGCAGAACGUGUAAUUACCUUGAAAAUGGAAAUUCCUGGAUCAAUGCCACCUCUCAUUCAGGAAAUGCUGGAGAAUUCUGAAGGACAUGAACCCUUGACCCCAAGCUCAAGUGGGAACACAGCCGAGCACAGCCCCAGCAUCUCACCCAGCUCAGUGGAGAACAGCGGUGUCAGUCAGUCACCACUGGUGCAGUAGGACACUCUCCAGCUACUUCAGACAUUCCCCAGUACCUUCACUUCCAGAAUUUAAAAUGCAAGGAAAAACAUUUUUACUGCUGCUUAGUUUUUGAACUGAAACUAUAUUAAAUCUCAAGAAGGACCAAGAAGUUUUCAUAUGUAUCAAUAUAUACCCCUCAAUGUCUAACUUACCUAGAAAUACAAACUUUUUAAAUUCUAAAAAUCAGCCAUUUCAUGCAUCCCGAAACUAGUUAAAAGCUUCUAUUUUCCUCUUUGAACACUCAAGAUUGCAUGGCAAAGACCCAGUCAAAAUGAUUUACCCCUGGUUAAGUUUCUGAAGACUCUGUACAUACACAAGUAUGGCUCUGUUCUUUCUAUACUAUAUGUUUGGUGCUUUCCUUUUGUCUUGCAUACUCCAAAUAACCAAGACACCAAGGUUAUGAAACAGACUACUGUACGUGUCCAGUUAAGGUCCAAAAAGAUAACUGUCUUGCUUUCAGAGAAUAAUCAAGACGUCAAGGUAAGGAAAUGGGACUAUUGUACAGUGUGACAAGAUAAGGCUAAAGAUAUCCUAAUUUAGUUAGUAUAGAAGCUUGUCCUUGCUCUUUUUGAUGCUCUCAAACUGCAUCUUUUAUUUCAUGUUGCCCAGUAAAGGUAUACAAAUUCACUGCACUAGCAGAAGAGAAUUCUGUAUCAGUGUAACUGCCAGUUCAGUUCAUCAAAUGUCAUUUGUUCAAUUGUUAAUGUCACUUUAAAUUAAAAGUGGUUUAUUACUUGUUUAAUGACAUAACUACACAGUUUUUUAAAAAAAGAUACAUUUUUACAGUAAUGAUAGCCUCCAAGGCAGAAACACUUUUCAGUGUUAAUAAGUUUUUGUUUACCUGUUCACAAGCCAUGAGGGAGGUUGUGGGAUAACGCCAGGCAGGUCUACCACCUGCACCAUGUAAUGCUAGUAUCCUUCCCGAGUCCUGCUUGAUGCGAGGGUUUCCAUUAACUCCCAAAGACACAGGCAGAGACUCUGUGGCCUCUGGCCUGGCUCAGUCACUAGGAAGCAGAGUGGAAGCUGGGUGGAAUGGUUAGCAGAUACCAGUGUCAGUUCCUUAGUUCUCAUUUAAGCACUAGUGGAAUUUUUUUUUUUUUUUUUUUUGAUAUAUUAGCAAGUCUGUGAUGUACUUUCACUGGCUCUGUUUGUACAUGGAGAUUGUUUAACAAUGCUUUCUAUGUUCAUAUACUGUUUACCUUUUUCCAUGGAGUCUCCUGGCAAAGAAUAAAAUAUAUUUAUUUUAAAGG